AUGGCGAGUCCCCCAAGAAUUGAGAGCACCUAUGGUCUCUCUCCCUUGGACGGUGUGGAGUUUUCAUCACCUGGUUCUUCUAUCAUGUCCCCCCCCCCCCCCGAAAAAGUCGGGAUUUAUCAGAAAACCCUAAACGUUGGUCUUCGUCUUCCGACGACCGACUUCCAGGAAGAGGUCCUUCAAAAGGAUGGUUGUAGCAUUCAAAUGCAGACUCCAAACGCUGUAAAUAAGUUUAUAGCGUUCGAGAUGAUCUAUCGUGCCAACGGUUACCUCCCCGACUUUUUCAUGUUCAAGUACUUCUUCCGAUUUUGCUGUACCGAUGAUAAGUACACGUUUUAUGUCUGGCGAGAAGAUCACACUCUUGUUCCUGAUGGGUGA